AUGUGGAUGAAGUCUGUUAAAGAAAAAGGGAUGAAAACCAUCACACACAUCGCAUGUCAACAUCAAAGUCAUCAACAGCUAAAACAAAUCGAGAAGCUGAAAUUGAGACGACAUAGGAACAUACACACUUUUAUCCACACCUAUGUUCAUGCACAAUGUUCAAAGACACAAAUAUUUUAUACAGCAUGUCUCAACUCUACUUGA